AUGCCAUAUGUGUGUACGUGGAAUUUUAUUCGUGUGAAAUUAUUGCAAUUAUUUAUUUCCAUAAUAGCAAUAUUCGUGAACCUAUCUCAGGGUAGCCCUAACAGGUGCUCGUCCAAUGGGGGCGGGAACAACGACACAAUACAAAUCCAACCAGUAGUGCGACGUACAAGGACAAUAAUUGAAUGCAAUAUCAUUCACGCUUAUAACAUCAUUUGGUAUCGUUUCAAUGAGACAAUACAAACAUCAAGCAUAUACAAACCACCGUGCAACGACUCCGGCAAUCCACAACUACGGGACGAAGGCCAACAACUAGUGAUCGUCUACGCAAGGUCAUGCCACACUGCCAUAUAUACCUGUGUCGCAAAUGACUCGGAUGUCGUUACCCAUUCGACAGACUUACGGGUCGUAGCUAACCCCGUUCAUAAGCCGAAUCUCUUCAACGAUUCGGAUUCUCGAACACCUAGAGUGGCGUUAGCGGAAGAUGUGGCGCUUACGUACCUCUUUGAUGAAGGUCAGGGCUCUAAACAGGAAGGAGUCAUGUUCCAGUGGUGGAUACAGACAGAGCAUGGUCUCGUGUUCUUGUCAAGUGAUUCCAGUCUACUGAACUUCACCACAUCCUCGUUUUAUACAAGUCAAAAGCAAUGGUUAGUUAAAAGGAGAGGGAGGUUAUAGUACCUAAUAAUUACAGGGCACCAAACGGUUGUUUGCUGCCCUAUGUGCCAAGAGGCAUAUGGGCAGAAGUAAGUAAGUAAGCCGGUUGUUUGUUGAUACCAAAAUAGUGAUGAGGAUGAGGAUGAUGAUAGUGAUGCUGAUGGUGACGAUGAUUAUUCUGAAGAUAACAAUUAUGAAGAAUAUAAAGAUGAUGGUCACUAGGGUGAUGAUGAAAAUGAUGAUGAUAAUGAUGAUGAUGAUGAAGAUGAUGAUGGUAAUAAUGAUGAAGAAGCUGAUAAUUAUGCAGAAGAAGUGAUAGUAAUAAUAAUUAUGAUUACUAUUACUACUACUGCCACUACUACUACUACUACUACUGCUACUACU